AUGUGUUUCUUCGUCAUAGCUUCCCAUCAGGUGAGCAAGGUUGGUGCUUAUUCAAGAAUAAAGCAAGAACUAGAGUCAAAGAAACAAGAAUUCACCUAUGAAGAAGUAUUAAGCAUUACCAGAAACUUUGAAAAGUGUUUUAAGAUAUCCUUAAGAAGCUUGGUGCAGAGGAGUUACUUCUUGUGUGAGUUAAUCUUAAAGGAAACUCUUGACACUGCAGAUGAAGGGUGGUGCAACUAUAUCUGUUUUUUGGGAACUAUGCAGUUUGUUGAUGAGGCAGCUCUAGAGCAGAAAAUAGGACCUCCUGUCGAAAGGCCUCUCUUACUCCCUCCAUCUCUAAUAAUGGACUGA